AUGGAAAUACUCGAAGGCGAAAGAAAAAACUCAAAAAUUUAUUACCAAAAUGGUUACUAUUAUCGUAAAGACAAAAAAGCAACAGAAUCGUAUGGUGGCGGUUUCAAAUGUAAGGAUGAAUUUUGUAGAAGUCGUGCAACAAAUGAACCAAGCCUAGCGUUAGUACAAAUAACGCCGCAUAAUCAUUUGCCAGAUUUUGAAAAAAAAGAAAUUUUGAAAUUAAAACAAUCAAUAAAACGAGCUGCUGAAACUACAAGUGGAAGUUUGCGAGAUAUUUUUGACCAAGAAACUGCUAGUAACCAAUCAGCACAUCACGUUUCUUUUGGAAUGAUGGAAAGCACUAUGUAUCGCAGACGUAGAUCAGUGCAGCCGCAAUUACCAGCCAAUUGCGGGGAAUUAGACAACUCUUUGAGAGUAAACAACAUAAGUAAAUUUUUAGACGGGACCAAUUUUUACAAAGGGUACGUUCGUAUAAAUAACGAUUAUGCUCACAUAUUUAUCGGGAAAACAGUCGUUGCUUCACCGACUGAUUUGCACGUUGACGGAACAUUUAAGGUAGUUCCGAGAAUGUUUUAUCAAAUGAUAACAUUUGGAUACAUUUUGCUUGAUCAUUUUAUUCCAACUAUUUUCAUACUUAUGACUAGAAAAACGCAAGAGCUGUAUUCUCUUGCAUUUUCCAAAGUUGCUGAACUCGUUCCACAUUUGUCACCGUUACGGAUAAUGACGGACUAUGAACAAGCAUUGAUGAAUACCUUGGAAAUUCAAUAUCCUUUAGCUGAAAUUUCAGGCUGUUGGUUUCAUUACGUAAAUGCUGUGGUUAACAAGUGUAAACAUCUUGGAUUGUUUGGACUUUUAAAAUUGCAAGUUCACAGUGAUUUGAAGAAAUGGAUAAGGCUAUUAUUGUGUCUUUCUUUGCUACCGCCUCACCAUAUUCAGCCAACAUUAGGCAAUUUGAAUCCAAAUUUGUUUGUGGUAUCAUUAAGCAUAAAUGACUUCGCAAAAUGUCAAAGUUUAAUGACCUAUAUGGAAACAUUUUGGAUUGGGCGUAUUGGCAGUAACAAAAUUUCUGUUUUUGCUUGUCCCAGAAGAACGAACUCUGAUCAAGAAAGCUUCCAUGCCUCGCUUUUAAAACGAAUAAAGAUUGCUCAUCCAAACAUUUGGCUUUUUAUAACAGAACUAAGAAAGUUUGCAGAAGUCCAGCAACUUGAUAAAGUACGUUUAGAAUGUGGACUUCAGAUUCGUCGGAGACGAAAGCAGAAAUAUGUUUUAAAUGAUCGUAAAAUCAGAGUUGCUACUGAAAAUUUGGCCAACGGACGUCUAACUUCAUUGGAAUUUCUACAAAGUGUUUCACAUUGCGCAGAUGCGUUAUUUAACUAUCAACUUGGCGUUAGUCGUAUAAAUCAACCACCGGAAUUGGAAACAGUUUCAUCAUUUACGCAAGUUCAAAUAGAGCCCUCACAGCCUAAUUCAAUUCCACCACAAGAUGAAGCCCAGCAACUUAAUGUAUCAAUACAACGGGAUGUAGCUAUAAUGCAAAAUACAGAUGAUGUAGCUAUAGUGCAAAAUACCUUCCAACUCGGAGAAAACUUAGUUCUACAGAAAUUGUUGGAGUCACGGAGACUUUAA